AUGAGAUUCACGCACCAAUUUAACAAGCACAUCCGUUCAUGCAUUUAUGUUAUUUUUCUCCUCGUGUUAUGUGCAAUAGGAAUUCAGCUCCUCAAGUACCUCAAAAAAAAGUACCCCCUCUUUUUAAAAAACGAUCAAAUUGUAAAACAGUGCACCAAAAUCAUCACGCGAAAUAAGUUCUUCCAGCAGAAUCUGCUGUACAGGAUCAUCAAAUACAGCAUCAUCGGCAGAAGCAACUAUGAGGACAGAAUCAUCCACAGGAAGAAUGCCUCCUUCUAUUACUUGAAAAGGGCAAUCUUCUUUCUACACAACUAUAAAUUCUUGCACAUAAAAAAAAAGCUCCAGUGUCUCUUCAUUCGAAACAACAUCACGGACAUACGAAACUUGAAAUACCUGACAUACAAAAAAGUUAUUCAAUUUAAAAAGGAUAUUAACAUCUGCUUAGUGGAGGCCUACAAUUCUUUUAGCUACAAAAACAAAAAGGAACUCCUGUAUAUCUACUUCAAGUUAUACUCCAAGAUUUUUUUUUUUUUUCAGAGCGAAAAUAUUUACUUCUUUCAUUUCCUCACCCAUGUGUUGUUGGUCUCUUGGGUGUACACUCCGUUAAAUCAGUCCUUGCAUGGAAAGGGAGCCUAG